AUGGCUCGGGCACUAGGAGUACCAGUUGUACUGGGAUUGUUGGCCCUAUGCUGGUCUCUAGUCAUUGCCCACCCUCUUGCCGCCCUGACCAGUGACCCUGCGAAUGGAGCUGAGGGAGUAAAUGGGACCAAACCAGACCCAGACGUGCUUGAACGAUGUUCAGAUGACUGGGGCUUUGAUGCUGCCACUCUGGAUGAUAGCGGGGCCAUGCUGUAUUUUAAAGGGGAGUCUAUGUGGAAGAGUCCUAAAUGGGCCCGAGAGUCAAUCGCAGAGCAAUGGAAGAAUUUCAUAGGCCCUGUGGAUGCUGCAUUCCGGCGUGGCCAUGACAACAUCUUCCUGAUCAAGGGAGACAAAAUCUGGAUAUACUCUCCUGACAAGGAGACAGUAUAUCCGAAGUUGCUUCAAGAUGAAUUCCCUGGAAUCCCGUACCCACUGGACGCAGCUGUGGAAUGUCACCGUGGAGAAUGCCAAGAGGAGGGUGUCCUCUUCUUCCAAGGUAACCGCAAGUGGUUUUGGGACUUCACCACGGGAACCAAAAAGGAGCGUUCUUGGCCAGCAGUGGGGAACUGCACCUCUGCCCUGCGGUGGGUCGGCCGCUACUACUGCUUCCAGGGUAACCAAUUCCUGCGUUUCAACCCUGUUACGGGAGAGGUGCCUCCCAGGUACCCUCUGGAUGCCCGAGACUACUUCAUGUCCUGCCCUGGCAGAGGCCAUGGCGCUGGACACAGGAAUGGGACUGGUCAUGGGAACAGACCUGAGCGCUGUAGCUCAGAUCUUGUCUUGUCUGCACUCAUGUCUGACAUCCAUGGGGCCACCUAUGCCUUCAGUGGGUCCCACUAUUGGCGUCUGGAUACAAGCCGGGAUGGGUGGCAUAGCUGGCCCAUUUCUCAUCAGUGGCCACAAGGACCUUCUACAGUGGAUGCUGCCUUUUCAUGGGAUGACAAACUCUAUCUGAUCCAGGGCACACAGGUGUAUGUCUUCUUGACAAAGGGAGGCUACACCCUGGUAAGUGGUUAUCCAAAGCGACUGGAGAAGGAACUUGGGAGCCCUCAUGGUAUGCACCUUGAUUCUGUGGAUGCAGCCUUUUCCUGUCCCGGGUCUUCUCGGUUACACAUCAUGGCAGGACGGCGGCUGUGGUGGUUGGACAUGAAGUUAGGAGCUCAGGCCACAUGGACAGAGCUUCACUGGCCCCAUGAGAAUGUUGAUGCCGCCCUCUGUGUGGGAAAGUCCCUUGGGCCCUACUCAUGUUCCUCCAGUGGCCCCAGCUUGUACCUCUUCAGUGGUCCCAAUUUUUAUUGCUAUGGUGAUGUGGACAAACUAAAUGCUGCCAAGGUCUUGCCCCAGCCCCAGAAAGUGGCUGCCUUCCUUGGCUGCAAUCAUACACAGGCCUCUGGAAAGUGGAAGCAAGGCCUGGGUAUCAGGUCAGGACCUGAUUAG